AUGGCUUAUUAUGAGGAACAUGGAGGUGACUCCGGCACUGGGCGGUUUAACAAGAACUUUGAGGGUCCUGUUGGACCCCGACGACCAAGAUUAGUGACAGAUUAUGGCUCGUCGAUGGUACAGUGGAUGCGUAAUCGGCGACCUCAAUACAGAGGAGGGAAUCGGAUGGAAGUUGAGCGCCCGAGUCCGAGUUUCGCAGUAGAUGUCAUGCCCCCUAUGGCGCGAAUCAAUUCUCCCGCAGACUCGAUCCCUGUCCGGCAGCUACAUCAGUCGAUUGGAAAGUCAAAGAAACCCAUUGUGGUGGUGCGAUGGACUCCGGAAGGAAGACGGCUGUUGACCGGCGGUCAUACUGGCGAGUUCAUGCUCUGGAACGGCACUGCUUUCAAUUUUGAAACAGUAAUGGAUGCGCAUUACGAUCAAAUCCAAGCCGGUGUGACCUCUCUGGCAUGGUCAAAUAGUCAUGACUGGCUCAUCUCGGGCGGACAAAGAGGCGAUAUCAAAUACUGGCGCCCGAACUUCAACAACGUGGAGACCAUCGACGAUGCUCACCAUGACGCCGUUCGAGACUUAGCUUGGGCUCCCAGUGAUACCAAGUUCCUUUCUGCAUCUGACGAUACCACGCUCAAGAUUUUCGACUUUACCUCUCGAACCUGCGAUACUAUUUUCACCGGACACAAUUGGGAUGUCAAGUCCUGUGACUGGCAUCCGACGAAGGGAUUGAUUGUCUCGGGCUCUAAAGAUCACCAGGUCAAGUUCUGGGAUCCACGCACAGGUCAAUGCCUGACUACACUCCACAGCCACAAGAACACAGUUACAUCGACCCGAUUUUCACCCGUCAACAGCAAUCUGCUUGCUACGUCCUCACGGGAUCAGACCGCGCGAGUAUUCGAUCUUCGGAUGAUGCGGGAUAUUUGUAUUCUGCGCGGACACGAGAAGCCGGUUUCUUCUCUGACCUGGCACCCAAUUCAUUGUAAUCUGAUUUCUACUGGUGCGGAGGAUGGUUCGCUGUAUCACUACUUGCUAGACGAGCCCAACUUGCCCAGUGGUCAGAUGCCUACCGUGGCUCCCUACGACAGCCCUGACCCGGCCAACACCCCGCCACAGGUGAUCUACCCAGCGCAUCGCAUUCAGUAUGCACAUGGUGCUACAAUUUGGUCCCUUGACUGGCAUCCUCUGGGACACAUUCUGGCUUCUGGUUCUAAAGAUAAUUUCACUCGAUUCUGGUCCCGGGCUCGACCCGGAGAGACUAGUUACAUGAAAGACCGAUUCCAUAUCGGCGAAGAGGCCGCUGAGGCCCAAGGAACGUGGAAUCGGGGCUUUGGCCGCAAACAGAUGCGCGAGGAGGAGGAACAGGAAAUGCAAGAUGAAGACGAGAGUCUGGUGGAUCAGCGACGACCAGGUCCACCGACUCUACCUGGUAUCCAAAGUGCUCCUGGUUACCAACAUGAUGGUGCAGGAAUGCUCCCGGGAAUCGGUUCUGCGCAGCCUCCGCCGCCAGGCACUAUGGGCGGAAUGGAUCCAGGUCGUCUAGCUGCAAUUAUGUCUUCUCAACCUCCACCCCCACCAGGACUACCGCAAGGACCACCACAAGGACCACCACAAAAUAUGCAAGGAAUGAUGCCUGGUUUCCCCAUGCCCAUGCUCCCAGGUAUGACUGGAGCUCCUCUUCCUAUGAUGAAUAUGGAUCUGGCACAAAUACAGAAGCAGCUCGCUGCCCAGGGCAUUCAAAUGCCUCCCAACUUCAGUUUCGCUGGACAGGGCGGGUUGCCUGGUCUUCAGGGGAGCGGUAUGGACGGUGGACGCCGAUAG